AUGGCAAGGGGAGAGGCGCAGUUGCCGGCAGAGGGGCGAGUGACGGCGGAGAAUGGGGAAGGCGCGGAGGUGGGAGGUGAGGAAGCGAGAGACGGAGGCGGAGGCGCGGGAGUGCAUGCACGGACGCGGCAGGACGACGUGGCGAUGGGCGGAGGGGCGGGGAGCGGCAUGAUGAGCAGAGGGGCAGGGAGCAGCAUGAUGGGCGGAGGGGCGGGGAGCAGCAUGGUGGGCGGAGGGGCGGGGAGCGGCAUGAUGGGCGGAGGGGCGGGGAGCAGCAUAAUGGGCGGAGGGGCGUGGAGCGUGGGAGAUGUUUCUUUGGAGCAGCUGAUGGGUGUUAUCCGAUGGUGCUUGAAGUGCGCCGUGGAGGUUGGGGUGACACAGGAUUGGUGGAGAGGCCUGGGGAGAUGGAGGAGAGAAAGAGAGAGGAAGAUGGGAAGGUAG